AGCAAGAAGGCGCUCACAGUCGGCUUCUCGAUCGCGAGCCGUCUUGUUAGAGGUUUACGUGGCCGUGAUAAAUCUAAUCAAACAAAACCAAAAAAAGAUCGUUUUGGGCAUAUCGGAUAUACGUAUAUAAAUUCAUACACAUAUAUAUAUAGAAUCGAUUUGGUGAUUUAUAAAAAAUGUGAUCAAAGGCGUCUAACGAGAGCACGAAGAAACGAAGAGUUUAUAGCUAAGUGAACCUCAAUCGAUAUCUGUUCAUCGUCAUCAUCGUUGAUCAACCAACAGAAUAUCGGUAGAGUGAAAAAGAGGGAGAGAGAAAGAGAGAGAGAGAGAGAGAGAAAUAAAUAGAAGAAAGAGAUGACUUUUAAAGUGAUUCAAUGUUUGACAGCGAUGAUCCAACGUGAUCGAUCGAAAUCAAAGAAGACUCUCGACGAUCCGAGAAAUCGACGAUUUUUCAUCGAUUUUUUAUAUUUCGAAGAUUUUUGAAAAAAGAAAAAAGUGAGAAAGAAUUUCUAUUGGAAUAAAACUAUUGGCGAGAGAUGGAUGAAGGUGGGAGAGAAAUAUUUGAUUUCGAAUUCAUUUUGAUAAGUGAAGUGAAGUGAAGUGAAGAAGUGUAUAUUUUACUCGAUGAGUCGUCAUCGAAAGAAGCGAUAUUAAAAGGAUCUCGUUUUUGUUAACGUGACCAACCAAUUGGGAUUUAAUAACCGAACGAUACGAUACGAUACGAUACGAAGUGUGACAUUGACGUUUGAAUCGUUGUAAUCCAAUGUAGCGAGAUGUUCAAAAGGUGGAACGUCUUCAUUGUGGCUGUUGGCCUGAUGAUAGGUGUCGGAUGUCAAUUCAGCGACAACACGCCACCAGUGAUGUGGUUGGAAAGAAAUUGGGUCCUUCCUGAUUCUGAGCCUGUAGGUAGUAUAGUAACGAGAGUACGAGCCGAAGACAAUGAACAGGACGAAUUGACCUAUGGUCUCGAACCACUUGGACAUAGUUACAAUGGGGACGAUAGUCCUCAACCACCAUUGCCAUUCUAUAUCGACAAUAGUACCGGCACAGUUUUUCUUAACGAAACUCUCAAAGGAAGAGGAGGACAGAACCUGUUCCUUUACGUGACCGUUUCCGACGGUCAACUCACGGCAAAGGCCGAGGUUUACGUUAACAUCAAAAGUACAUCGGCACCUAGCGGUGGGCACACCUGGACGCCGUUUCCAAAUCAACAUGGAUCUGGUGGACGAAUUAGGCCGCCAUUGUUACCAUUACAUAAUUUACCGAAUUAUCAGAGACCCUCGAUCCCUCAUCAACCAGUAAUAAAUCAACCAUCUUCCUCAACGGUGGAUUCGAAAACAACAAAGUUGCAACCUUCGGAAGGUGGUAAAACAGCUCGUGAAGAGAACCGAGAGAAAUUACCCAAGUACUCUCAGGAUUUAAUCGAUAGUAAUGAGAUCGAAGCAGCUACGUUAAGUUCCAAGGUCGCGCCAGAGGAAGCAUUGCCUUCCCACGAGAUCACGAUGACUUUGAUACCGAUCACCGCGGUUUGUGCUCUUGUUCUUGGCCUUGGAAUGGGCGCCUGGUCUCUCAGGAGCAAGAUAUGUGGUAGCAAAAAGUCGAAGGAAGAUACGAAAGAACAAGCUUCGGUAAGCGUAUCGAAUAUAUCCGACGAUCCGUCUCUCGUUUUAAAACGUUGGAGAGGCCCGAAGGCUCAUAAUAAUAGAUACGAGGCGUGGGAAAAGGAAAAUCAAAGUGGUAUUCUAAACAAGCAAGACGACAAGUGGGAGUUUCCCAGGCAUAGAUUGAAGGUCUUCAAUAUCCUCGGAGAGGGUUGUUUCGGUCAAGUUUGGAAAUGUGAAGCAUUGGACAUAGAUGGUAAAUCUGGUGCCACGAUCGUGGCUGUUAAAACGUUGAAAGAAAAUGCGACCGAAAGGGAAAGACUUGAUUUGGCACAAGAAUUAAGAGUUAUGAAGAGUUUGGAACCACAUCCUAACGUCGUUAGAUUACUCGGUUGUUGUACGGAACGUGAACCCAUGUUCGUUAUUCUGGAAUAUGUAAGUGGUGGAAAACUUCAAAGUUUUCUCAGAGCAUCCAGAGAAGAAAGAAAUCAUGGUAGACCUGGUUUAACUUCGAGAGAUCUUACUGGAUUCGUUUAUCAAAUCGCUAAAGGAAUGGAACAUUUGGCAUCGAAAGGUAUCAUCCAUAGAGAUCUAGCGGCUCGUAACGUUUUAAUUGAUGAGAAUCGUGCCUGCAAAGUCGCAGAUUUUGGUUUCGCCAGAGACAUGGCCGCCAAUGAGAUUUACGAGAGAAAAUCAGAAGGUAGAUUACCGAUAAGAUGGAUGGCUCCUGAAAGUUUGUACGAUAAUAUAUUUUCGGUGAAGUCGGAUAUUUGGAGUUUCGGCGUUCUCAUUUGGGAAAUCGUAACGUUAGGAUCUACACCUUAUCCUGGAUUAGCAGCAGCCGAGGUAAUGAGGAGAAUCAAAGAGGGUUACAGAUUGGAUAGACCCGAACAUUGCAAACGUGAAUUGUAUAAUAUUAUGUAUUAUUGUUGGGACAAGGAUCCAGCAUGUAGGCCAUCCUUCACCGAGCUUGUUAGUUUAACAGAAGGACUAUUGCUCGACGAAACUGAUUACAUAGAAUUAGAUAGGUUUCCCGAUCACUCUUAUUACAACGUGCUUAAUCUUAGCGGUGAAAAACUCUGAGAAUAAUCAACUCACUAUUUUCUCCAGUUUCUCAACUUAUCUUCUUUUUUUUUCUUUCUCUUUAUUUAUAAUAACUCGUACGAAUGUAAAUAUCAUUCAUUUAUAUCGCGUUAAAAAAUUUAUCGAUUUUCGAUCAGUUUACUAAAUAUUCUUUGCAAUUCAAUCAUCAGCCGAUGUAACAAUGUGAUUGUGUUGAUAUUAUUUUUAAUUUUCUAAUAAUCUAUUUAUUCUAAUAUUAUCGCGUUGUCUAUCUAUUUUUGAGCUAGUCAAACGCGUCUGAUCGAUUCUAUUUGUUAAAUGAAGAAAAAGAAAAAAAUAUUAACUACUUGAAGAAUUUUCUACGUACGAUCAUUUUUUAUAAUAUUAAGUUGUGUAUAUAUGUAUUAAAUUGUUUCUUAUAACUUAUUGUACAAUUAUCUUUUAUUAAAAUAGUUAAUAAUUACUGUUA